UUUACUGAUAUAUUUCUUUCCUUUUUACAGAUAAUGGCAUCAGCAGCUAAGGAAUUUAAGAUGGACAACUUUUCACCUAAAGCUGGCACUAGCAAAUUGCAGCAGGCAGUACCAGCUGAUGCAUCUCCAGAUUCAAAAUGUCCUAUAUGCUUGGACAGAUUUGAUAAUGUGUCUUACUUAGAUCGCUGCUUGCAUAAGUUCUGUUUUCGCUGUGUACAGGAAUGGUCAAAAAACAAAGCUGAAUGUCCACUGUGUAAACAGCCCUUUGACUCUAUAUUUCAUUCUGUGAGGGCAGAAGAUGACUUCAAGGAGUAUGUCCUGAGACCUUCUUAUAAUGGUUCUUUUGCCACUCCUGAUCGACGAUUUCGCUACCGUACCACUAUGACACGGGAACGAAGUAGUUCCAUCUAUUCACCUACUACUACUGUAAAUAGAAGAACAACAACUCCACCAGAUAGUGGAGUGCUGUUUGAAGGGUUAGGCAUCUCAAGGUCUAGAGAUGUUGAAAUUCCUCCAAUUAUGAGACAGAUUACAAUAAGGGGACCAUCUGCUGCAGAUGAUAGAACUUUACGGAAAAUUCAAGAGCAAGAUAUUAUUAAUUUUAGACGAACCCUCUAUCGUGCUGGUGCUCGAGUUAGAAAUAUUGAAGAUGGUGGUCGUUACAGGGAUAUUUCAGCUGAAUUUUUCCGUAGGAAUCCAGCUUGCCUUCACAGAUUAGUCCCUUGGCUAAAACGUGAACUUACAGUUCUUUUUGGAGCUCAUGGAUCAUUAGUCAAUAUUGUCCAGCACAUCAUUAUGAGUAAUGUUACUCGCUAUGACUUGGAAAGUCAGGCAUUUGUUUCUGAUUUAAGACCAUUUUUACUGAAUCGGACUGAGCAUUUUAUACAUGAGUUUAUCAGUUUUGCUAGAUCUCCUUUUAACAUGGCUGCCUUUGACCAGCAUGCUAAUUAUGACUGCCCUGCUCCUUCAUAUGAAGAAGGCAGCCAUUCUGAUUCUUCAGUCAUAACAAUAUCUCCGGAUGAAACUGAGACCCAGGAGUUAGAUAUUAAUGUAGCCACUGUCAGUCAGGCACCAUGGGAUGAUGAAACUCCAGGACCAUCUUACUCAAGCUCAGAGCAGGUACAUGUAGCCAUGUCUUCUCUCUUAAAUACUUCUGAUAGUUCAGAUGAAGAACUUGUUACAGGAGGAGCCACUUCUCAGAAUCAAGGUGUACAAACCAGUGAGGAUCUACAUAAUGACAGUGAUUCAUCUUCAGAGAACUGUGUCAUUGUUGGCUUUGUUAAGCCAUUAGCUGAGAGAACCCCAGAACUGGUUGAACUAUCCUCUGAUUCUGAGGAGUUGGGCUCCUAUGACAAAAUGGAGACAGUGAAGUCACAAGAACAAGAGCAGUCUUCUAGUUCUGGUGAUAGUGAUGUUAGUAGAUGUUCAACUCCACGAUCUGUACUUGGAAAGGAUGAGCAAAUGAAUAAAGUUCAUCAUGAUUCUGGUACAAGAAUGAAAUCAAAGAAGGAAGGGAAGCGAUCUACAUCAUUGUCAUCUUCCAGAGAUCUGAGUUCAUCUAUGAGAGAAGACCGAGGAUGCUCCCCAUCUAACCAUAGACACAGGAAGAGGGGAAGAUCUAGAAGUUCAGAUUCACGUUCCCAGAGUAGAAGUGGGCAUGAUCAGCGGAAUCACAGGAAGCACCAUGGGAAGAAAAGGAUGAAGAGCAAACGGUCCAGGAGCAGGGAGAGUAGUAGCAGACCAAGAGGGAGACGAGAUAAGAAGAGUUCGAGAACUAGAGAUAGCAGCUGGUCAAGAAGAAGCCAAACUCUUUCUCUAAGUAGUGAAAGCACAAGCAGAUCACGGUCUCGUAGCAGUGAUCAUGGCAAGAGAAGAUCACGGAGCAGAACCAGGGACCGUUACUAUUUAAGAAAUAACUAUGGAAGCAGAUAUAAGUGGGAAUAUACUUAUUAUAGUAGAAACAAGGACAGGGAUGGUUAUGAGUCAUCUUACCGGAGGAGGACUCUGUCCAGAGCCCAUUAUUCUAGACAGUCUUCAAGUCCAGAGUUCAGAAUUCAGUCCUUUUCUGAAAGAACAAAUGCUCGGAAAAAAAAUAAUCACAGUGAGCGGAAAUAUUAUUAUUAUGAAAGGCACAGAUCAAGGAGCCUGUCUAGUAAUAGGUCAAGGACUGCAUCUACAGGACCUGACCGGGUGAGAAAUGAAAAGCCUGGAGGGAAGCGAAAAUACAAAACCCGGCAUUUGGAGAGUACUAAUGAGGUGGCUCAACAAACUCAUGAGUUCACUCCUAAAGUAAAGGACAGUCAUUACCAAAAACCAUCAAAAUUGGAUGGAAACUACAAAAAUGAGAGUGACAGCUUGUCAGAUGGACGAUCAUCAGACAGAGAGACAAAACACAGGAGGAGGAAAAGGAGGGCCCGUAGCCUAAGUGUAGAAAUAGUUUAUGAAGGGAAAGCUACUGAUAUAGCUAAACACCAUAAGAAGAAAAAGAAGAAACACAAGAAAAAGCACAAAAAACAUCAUGGAGAUAAUACUCGGUCCCCAGUUGUUAUUACCAUUGAUAGUGACAGUGACAAGGAUUCGGAAGUAAAGGCAAACACGGAAUGUGACAAUGGUGUUCCUCCAGAGGCUCUGCAAAGUGAGUAUUUGGCUUCUUCCUUGGAAUCGUUUGAAACUAAUAAAGAUGUAGUCACAAUAGAAGAUGAAUUUACUGUCCUUGACAAGGAGUGUGAUGUUAGUACACUUACUGACAACUUGAAUAAUGCCAGCAGAACUGUGAAUAAUAUUCCACCCCAGGCAGCAGCUGAAGUUGAACAGACUCUUGAUGUAAGAGAAGAGAGCAUCUUUGCCUCUGAUUUGGAAAACCAGCCCAUUAAUGUUUCUAUUCAUACUGAGCCAUCCAGGCAAUUGCCAUCUCCAAGGACAUCAUUAAUGUCAGUGUCUCUUGGUAGAGACUGUGAUGUAUCUUAAACCUGCCAAAGCAUCUCAUUGAGAAUCUUGAUGGUAUAAAAUGAAAAAGAAAAAAAGAACAUGUCAUCUACUGCAGUUUAUUUAAAGAUGACUUUUGGUAAAAGUUCUUUUCCUCCUUAAAAAUGUUUUAAGUGAUUUUUAUUUUGUGUUCGUUUGUAAAAAUUAUUUGUUCAAAAAGUAUGUAUGUCCUACGCUCAGAGUUAAGCACUUUUAAGUGAAGAAAAUGAUACUGCUAGCAGUUUAUUUAAAACUUGGGAUCCUUUUUAAAUAAAAAAAUGUAAAUUUUAAAAGUUAUUUCAUAAAGCCAUAUGGUAUUGACAUAUUUUUAAGGUAGUCAAUGAGUAUUUUUGAUUUUGUUUUUGAGAGUUAUUCUGGAAAUGUGUUAAAAGCUAGGCAAAUGCCUUUGGACAGUCUUUUAUUUUUCUUAAGGUUUGUAUGGUUCAGAUUCAUUUCUUCAGGCUAAAUUGGGCAUUUUAGUGUGCACAGUUUAUCUUGACUUCUGCCAAAAGAAAAAACUUAAUAUUUAUAUACUUGUCUUUCUGAACUGUCAGUAACAUAAUAAAUGUGUUCAAAAAGAAAAAAUAAAGUAGUAACACUUUAAAGCAAGAA